GACUCAGAGCACAUGAUUAGGCGUGUUUACCUGCGAUCCUGCAACUGCAACAUAACUGGUGUAGUACCGAGCAGGGAAUGUGAGAGAAGUAAAAUGUGUGUAAAAAAGAAUCCGAAUAUCUCCGUGUAACAAUUUCGGUUUAGGAUUUACGGUUUUGCAUUUCCGGAGAUCUGAACGAUUAUAUCCAUUGCGAAAUCAGCCUUUUUUUUUCCAGUGGAGCUUUAAAAGGGGGAGGAGGGUUUGGUAGGUCUUGUGCAUACUUCGUUAAGCUAAACACUUUGGAGGUUUAAUUCUUCUGAGGGUGACAGAUGCAUUCCUGAAUUCCUGUGAGAAGCCUCUCAACAGGCAAAAUGGAGGAAUCAGAUGUCGAGCACAUAUGUCUUGCUCUGAUGGAUGCGGCCAUUGACAAGGAUCUUCUUGUCCAGGACCAAGUCAGGAAGUCACUGCUGACUCUGGGAAGACAGCAUCCUGACAAGAUCCUGAGCAUGUGCCAGGGCUACCUCAUCAAACACCCCAAGCUCAUCAUAGGGCAUCGGGUUAUAAUACUGCAAACCAUUGAGUUGGUGGUAAAGUGCAAGAUAGAUGCAAUCAGCUAUAAAAAAAUCAAGAGUGUCAUCUCUUUUGCCUCAGAUGAAAUGACAAGGUCAAAGGAAGUUGUCCCUGAUUGGCAACAGGCAGCUAGCAACAUUCUGGUUGCUGUGGGCAACAAACACAUCAAUGAUAUUAUGGAGGAAAUUCUGAGUAAAUUCCAGCCAGGAGUCCUGCCUCAUUUCUUUGUAGUUCAAACACUAGCAAAUCUGUCUGAUUCAAACGUUUAUGGCAUGGUGCCUUUUCUCAAUGCUAUCUUGGGUACCAUGCUGCCCAUGUUAGGUAUGGCCAAGCAAGACAACAUGAAGUGGGUGUUCUCUUCAGCGCUGUCACGUUUCAGUGAGAGUAUUUUGGAAUACCUGGCAAACCUGGAUAAAGCUCCUGACCCCACAGUGAGGAAGGACACUUUCUCCAGUGAGAUCUUCGCUGCAUACGACAUCCUCUUCAACAGCUGGCUGCAGAGCAGGGAGGCUAAGCUGAGGCUGACUGUUGCUGAGGCUCUGGGUCCUAUGAGUCACCUGAUGGCCCAUGAUAAACUAGAAGAACAACUGCCCAAGCUGAUCCCCACAGUGCUCUCUCUGUAUAAGAAGAACUCGGAGCAUUACAUCUUAAGCAAGAGUCUGUGUCAGAUUCUUGAUGCCUCUGUGAACAUGGGCAGUCGUAUUUUGGAGACUCAAAUAGACAGCCUGCUGUUCACCUUACAUCAGCAGGUAUGCACCCCAGUUGAUUACAGUAAUCCACCAACUGUGAAAAAUCAUAAUGAGAUAUUGCGAUGCUUCAGCAUAUUAGCCAACACUUUUCCUGACCGCUUAAUAGGAUUUGUCCUCCAGAAGCUGGAAAACAGCAACGAGCGAAAUCGCAUCGGUUCCCUCGCAGUACUGAGGCACCUCAUCAAUUCCACUCCAUCAAUUAUGGAGAUCAAGAAACCUCUUAUCCUAGCCAGCAUUAAGCAGCCAUUGCAGGACCAAAGUAAUAAGGUGAAGAAGAUGGUUGUCCAGGUGAUCAGUGCCAUGGCUCACCAUGGUUUCCUUGAGCUUGAGGGUGGAGAAAUGCUGGUGAAAUUUAUUGUGUUUCACUGUGCUCUUCCAGACACAGAGCACAGCCAGCGUCCACCCGAUCCUGAGUACGUGUCCAACGAGUCCCUCCGGAGCAUGUGUGAAAACACUCUGCAUCUCUUUACGACCACCGUGGGCAGGAUGACGGAUGUGCUGUGGCCCAGCUUACUUUGUUACUUGACCACUGUCCAGUGUACGAAUGCUCUGACUCCUCUGUGCAAGAGCCUUAUCUUGCUGGGGAACAAGAAGAAAGCCGCCCAAGAGUCGAAUUUUAUUAUUGACUUCAAUGAGCAAGCUCACCUUCCUUCACCACAAGCAUUAAUGACCAGGCUGUUGGUCAUUGCCUCUUUCCCAUUCCAAAACAGAGGUCGGGGUAUUCCCUCUCUAAACUUGCUCCAGCUCAUGAGCCCCAACAUCCACCCUCUCACAGAGAAACUGUGGGAGGCUGAGAUCCCUGUCUUGGUACACUACCUGGAAGAAUCAACUGAGGAAACAAUAAAUAUGAAGAGAUGGGAGGAAAGCUUGCUUGAGUUCCUUUCCAAAACUCUUCAAACUAUCUCCGAUGAGAAAUGGACCUGUCAGCUGGCUUCAGAGAUGACCAAAUGUCACACAACUUACAACAACUUCUUGGAGGAGAAGAGAUUUCUCUACAAGUGCAUCGGAGUGACCCUCAGGCAGUGUUACAAUUACGAUGUUGUCAGAAAAGAGCUGCAGGAAAUGCUGGUCAAUGCACGACACAAUGAUGCCAUUGAAAGAGAGGGCGUUGCAAUGGGAGUUGGACUCUGUGCCAGUAGUCAUCUUGAUGAUGUGUUGGCAAAGCUUGAAGAUUUUGGUAAAUCUGAUGUCUUUAAGAAAGCUUCAGGAAUAUUUGGUCUUCUAAAGGACAAAAAUGAUGUGGAUAUUGAGAAGAUGAAAAGCACCUUAAUUUUAUGUUACGGCUAUGUAGCUCUUCGUGCCCCGGAAGAUAAGAUUCUAGGCCGGAUUGAUUCAGACAUUUUACGCAGCAUCGGGAAACACUUUAACACCAAGGUUCUGGGAAUUAAAGUAGAGACCAAGGAUCUGACCAUGAAGCUGAGCCUGAUCAAGAGUGUGGGGCUGAUCGCCAGGGCCAUCAGCGCUUGUGUGCGGAGACAGAGCUACAUGUUUUCCCGAAAGCAGGAGCUGAUGGGUCUCAUGAUGGAUUUCAUUAAAAGUGAACCAGUAGAAGUGCUGAAGACUCCCAUUCGCCACCAGGCCAUGACCACCUGCGCCAACCUGAUCAAUUUAGAGCCUGCGCUGACAGAAAAUGAAAACUUUGACAUGUUACGCACCUGUCUAAACAGUGUGUUUGGGCUCCCCCCUGUGGAUGCAGACAGGGGGAAGGAUGAGGAAGCCGACGACCUUCAGCAGAGAGAGGCCUUGUACGCAGACACAUUCAGUGCUCUACAGGAUUUAUUAAAGAACAUUCUGGCUCACGAUUUGAGUCCUGACGGUCUCCAGAACAUAUUUAAGCACAUUGAGGGGUGGUUGAGCUCGGCGCAGGAUUUUGAGCGUGAAAGGGCUGUGAAGAUGACAGCAGAGAUGCUGGAUUUCUAUCUGGAGAAUCUCAGUGUCAAGAACAUGGUAUCUUUUCAUAACCUGGGUGCCCUGCUGGGCCGUUUGGCUCCAAGAUGUACCGAUCCACAUCCGGUAGUCCGCAAGGCCGCUAUGGACUGCAUCUACACUCUUCUCAACAUUCAGCUUCGUUACGAAGGGUUUGCCCUAGACCACAAAGAUGAAUCAGUUGAAAGCCUGAUUAUCCUGAGAGAUAAACUGGACAAUCCUGACCCUUCUGUCCUGUACAAAACAUGUUCUGAGCUCACAAAGAUCAUCAGCAAGCGCCUGCCCCAACAGCAGCUGAACACGCUCAUUUUCAUGCUCUUUGAAGGCCUGGUUGAUUUGCAGCCCAACUGCUCUCGAGCUUCGAGUGUGGUUUUAAACACUAUUCUCAAAACCCGUGGUGCUGGACUGCAAGACCUGGUUCCUGAAAUCCUUGAGGUUCUUCACAUUCGACUCCAGUCGAUUGCAGAGGAGCAAGUGAAAGUAGCUGUGGCCCAGUCCAUUCUCAUUCUGGCCACCCAGCACUUGCAGACUGUCGUGAACACCCUUAUCUCCUACCCUCUGCCUUUUGACAAUUGGUGCUGUGAAAUGUGGAUAGCUCUGGGUGCUGAUAGCACUUUGGCAUCUCAGAUCAUGGAGCUAAUAAUUGAGAAGUUAAAUGUGAUGGUGCCAUUUGUGGACAAGAAGGAAUCCAUGCUGAGAUCCACUGUAGCAAAACUAGCAACCAGUCAUCCCUUAGCUAUGACGUGUGCCUUGCGUGAGAUGAUGCUGAACGGCCAAACCCAGGAGGCUGUCCUGGCCAUGUUUCCUCAGCUCUUCAGCGCUCUGCUCGUGCGCCUAGGCUCAAGCGUUGGGGUUCAGCUCCCCAAGGACAUCAACAGCAACUGCAUUAGCCAAGACCGGAGGUCGUCUGGCAAGCCCCCAGCUACCUUUGAUGUGUGUGGCGUGGCAGUGGAGGCCCUGCGUAUCUUGUUGGCCCGUGCUCAGCUGGAGGAGGUGGUGAAGCCCCUGGACCUGGAGGGAGCCUGGGAGAAGAUGAAGGAUCCUCCGCAGCACACGGCUGGCAUUACUCUUCUGGCCAGGGCUAUGGCAAAACAUGCUGGCCCACGUCUGCCUGGCAUUGUGGAAAACCUGUGCCCAAGCCUUAGCAACAUUUAUGAGUGCCAGAGGGUGACCAUCACAGCUUUCUUCUCAGAGCUUUUGAACCACCACGUUGUGACAGAGCUGAUGAUGAUGGACAUGCUCAUGAACAACAUGAUGGAAAGGAUUUCUGAUCCUUGUGGUGUAGUCCGCAUGCUGGCUGUGCGAGGCUUGGGGAACAUUGCUGUAGGAUCUCCGGAAAAGGUGAACAAGUACGCCAAAGAGCUGCUGGCGGCAAUGAGCUCAGGAAUGGAGGAGAAAGAUGAUCCCGAUAAACAGAUCACCCUUGAGGCCAUGUCUGGCCUCUCCAAAGUCCUGGUAUACCUGGACAAGAAAAACGUCCAGCUCCUAGUGGUGUACAUCUUCAUGAAGAUUAAACCUUUCUUAGAAAAUGACAAUGAUGAAAUCCGAUGUGCCUCCAUAACACUGUUGGGCAACCUCUCUAAGUUUGGAGCAGGAGAGCCUGUCUUUAAAGACCAGCUCCACAAUGUACUGGUCAGCCUCCUCCUGCACCUCAACGACCCCAGCCCGGAGGUGGUCAAGGCCUGUAAGUUUGCUAUGCGUGUGUGCGCUCCAGUUGUGGGGUCUGAGCAGAUCACAGCCAUGUUUCAAAACCACCUCCAUGAAGACAAAGGAUUGCACUACGGGGAGUUCAUUAAUGACCUGACUAAAUACAUAAUUCAGGACUUCCCUGGUAUGCUGAACUUCUACCAUAUCACAGUUAUUCAGUUCUUCAAAAGCAACUGGGCUGAAGUGCGAGCCGGUGCCGCGAUGUUCAUAGGAUUUCUGCUGGCAAAUCUUCCAGAAGAAUAUUUCUCACACAUGAACAUGGGGAAUGUUACCAAGGGUCUGGUUCAGUUACUUCAAGACCCUGAGCCUUUGGUUCGUGCGAAAGCUGCAGAAGCCAUGGGACAUUUCCAUCAGUUUUAAAACCCACAGGAUCACCGAUUCAAGAGCAACAUUGCUUCACAAAAAAAGUGAUAGAAGUUCGCGUCGUACUUAAAUCGCCCCUCAUUCAGUAUAGUGACCAAAGACUGUCUUUACAAACAAAAUAGGAAGGACAUUAUCAUUCCUGCCCCUUGAAAAUAAUUUUGUCAUACUGUGACUGUUUUUUUUUUUUAUCCCAGAGCUUUAGGCUGGUUGUGGUGACAGAAAAUAUAAUUGUAUUCCUUUGAACUGGUGAUGGGCUGAACUGCAGACUGAGCUAUUAAUCUCAGCACCACAGAGAAACCUGCAGUACCUAAUACGAGUGUUGUGAUAGUGAAUGGGAUCAUGCAUCAUCUACUGAGUCUUAAAAAUAGCCGGAGAACUGCUUAGGUUGUCAAAACCAGUAGUAGUAAAAGAGGAUGGGGCAUUGUGUGACUGACAAAACAGAAGUAUGGAAGCGAGCUUCAUAACUGUAAGAAGAUGGUAUUGGAAAACAUAAAGCCAGAUGCCUUUUUUUGGACUUCUUCAUUUAGAAGCCUUUCCAAGCACUGUGAGAAUUGGUGACAGCACCGUGACAGCAUUCACAUUUCAUUUGUGGUGACUUUCUCAAGCUUCCGUGUGCAUGGGGUAGCAAAUUGUAGUCUAUUGCCAGCUGAGAAAGUGCCAUACUAAGAGAGGGAGAGCCGUAGUGGAGGAGAUUUGGUCCUCAUAAUGGCCGUCCUGGUGUUCAUUAUUCAGCGGUAGUCUCGUUUUCUAUAUGUACAGUAGCUCCACUCUCCACAAGGCUGUAGUUGUGAUUAUACAUAUUGUUCAGUAUUCUGGUCAAUACCAGUACUUUGUCUUCGGCCUCACAUGCAGGCCUCCUUGCUCUUGCUCAAUGAAGAGGAAACAGGGCUUCUCUAACCCUGACAUCACUGUCGGUGCAAUUAAAAAGUAGUGUUCUUGUCCUGCUGCAGACCAAUCUCUAAUCAGAAGUAUGUAUUCUAAAUGUUCACGGCUGUGCAUUGUGUUAAUUAUCAAUCCUUUAUGUUUCACGGUGGGGAAUGAUCUGGCUUUUGUACAAAUCAAAGUAUUUUGGUAUCUCAUGUCUGCUUGUUUCAAGAGGAGAGAAUCUGUGACCUUUUAACUUUUUUGUCAGAGGUGUGCUAGUCUAGAGACCAUUUUAAAUAAUCGACAUGACCAAAAGGGUUUAGUCAUGGGAACCUUUAGAUGUUGAUUUGAUCUUGGAUAUACAAUGCAGCAACAGUAUGAAAAUGGCACUUUUUUUGUCAAUUUGUUUGAUUUUAAUUUUCUUUUUUCCGUUGAAUUCCAUUGCUGCAUUUUGACCGCCUUAAACUUGUUUCUUUUCCCUGUGUUUGGUGUGCUGGUUCCGUCUGAAACGGAACUGAACUCUUUGCUCCAAGUUCAGGUGAGAUUGGUGUCAGUUUUGAUUUCACUGUGGAAGUGAUGAUGACGGAGACUCAAAGUCUUUUAUUUCCACUAAAUAGUAGCCUACUGUGCGAAAAAUCAAUCUCUUUGCAUAAUAACCUUUACAAGGUGGUUAAAUUCAUAAUAAAUGUUACAAAACACACAUUUCAUCCAUGAGUAGAAUCUCAGUGGAAUGACAACCCAUUUAGAUACAUCUGUACUAAGCUUUAAUUGUAUUUAUGCUGGAAGGUUGCAGCUAUUGGUUUUAAGAUGAAGAACAACUGCCAUUUAUUCUGUUCCAGAAGAGCCCUUAAAAUGUCAUAUCUUUGCAUUCCUGAGUGUUGCAGCCAAACCAUAGGUUGGUCCCCACGAGCCAGAGACUGUUCAAACAUGGUCAGAAUUGCUGGCAUUCCAAAACUGGUCCAGUAUGGCUAUGAUGGGCUUGCUUUAUAGCGUAGACGUGCUUUUUUAGUUUUAUUUUACCAUGAAAUAAAGCGGGGAGGGUUUUAUAAAACCAGAUAUAAAGGAAUCAACUGGUACAUCAGGUCAUCAGGUACAGUUAUGGCUAAAACAUUAUUAGCACAUGAAAUGCGUUAUAUGCUUUGUUGGGUUAGCAUUAUCUAACUUGAACAUAUUUAACACCAUUACCACAGUUUCUGAAAUAACUUCUGAAAAGUGUCGAAAGUUCAGUUAAUCUUAAGAUUAUGAUUUUACCCCUUAAAACAUCUACAAGGUUUUCUUCUUAAGUGCAUUGUAGACCUGGUUGAUUGGGUUGUCAUACAAAGAUAUCACUUCAAAGAAAUGUGCAAUAUUUUAUCAUUGUGUUGCUUGUAUGUGCUACACGGUGCACUUGAGUGUCUGUAUGUGUGAUUUAAGAAUUGUACUGAAUGCCUCAGAACUGCAUACGAUACAAAUUUUGUUCAAAACUAUUAAAUGCAUACAGUUAACUUGG